AGGAGGAACAAGGAGGGCUCCUUGUCUGGUCCUGGUGUGGAGAAGGAAGAGGUCCGCAUCCCAACACAGGACGGGGCAAACCCAAGCCGCCACGGGAGGAGAACACUUUUACUUUGACUUUCGAAGACUUUCUUUACAUGGAGGGCAAGAAAUGACAUCGUCAGCGUGCGAAAGGAGGGCGUUUGCUCAUAAAAUCAACCGGACGAUUGCAGCGGAGGUCAGAAAACAAGUGACCAGAGACUAUGGCUCACCUCAGCUGUCUAAGAAAAGAGGAGGAGCUCAUCAACCUUUACCCCUGACGGAGGUGGUUGAACCAGUGGACUUUGAAGAAUAUGUGAGCAGUCAUGCUCCAGGGGUUGAGGCCGGCCCCCUCAGACAGCUGAUGGAGUUUCCCCAGGAUGACCUGGAGCUCCUCCCGCUGGACAAAGAGUGCACUACACUGGAGCCACCUCUGCCUGAGGAGGAGGAGGACUCACUAGAUCCCAGAGUGAGAGAUGCCCUGGCUGUCUACACAGAUGACUGGCUUGUCAUACAUAGAAAAUUUCAACACUACAGCACCACUUACACCCCUCAAAACUCUGAGCGACAGAGAGAGAGGCAGCGAGGGCUGGUCAAACAGACCUUUGAACUGGACGAGGCUGCUGUGCACGAUCGCCAGGACGACCAGGAUGACUCGAAGCGGAGGUCGGUUAGCCUCGAUGAGACCCCCCGAGGCAGCUGGGCCUCCAGCAUCUUUGACCUGAAGAACUCCUCCCCGGAUGCGUUGCUCCCGUCCGUGCUGGAGCGGACAGCUGCAGAGGAUAUGGACCGGAACAACAUGGAGGCACGCUCUCAGGAGCGCCACAGUGACCUGCUGGGCCUCUACCCUCCCCCUGAUGAGGAUGAAGCAGUGGAGAGAUGUCCUCUACCUGAGGUGCCCAAAGAGCACUGCGGCCAGAGGAUUAUGGUCAAGUGUUUGUCACUAAAAUUUGAGAUUGAAAUUGAGCCAAUAUUUGGAUCACUUGCUCUUUAUGACGUUAAGGAAAAGAAAAAGAUCUCAGAGAAUUUUUACUUCGACCUUAACUCAGAUCAGAUGAAAGGACUGCUGAAACCUCACACACCUCACAUAGUUAUAUCCACGCUGGCUCGUUCCGCCAUUUUCUCCAUCACAUAUCCUUCUCCAGAUAUCUUCUUGGUCAUUAAGCUUGAAAAAGUUCUUCAGCAGGGAGACAUUGGUGAAUGCUGUGAACCCUACAUGGUCAUGAAAGAAUCGGACUCCUCAAAGCACAAGGAAAAGCUGGAGAAGCUCCGCCUCCAGGCAGAGCAGGCGUGCUCUCGUCUUGGACGUUUCCGCAUGCCUUUUGCCUGGACAGCCAUUCACCUCCUCAACAUCGUCAGCAGCGUUGGUGGUCUCGAUCGGUCUGACCCAGACUCUGACUCUGAACGAAAGAGCCACGGGACCUGGAAUGAGAGAAAGAAGAAGGGGUUUGAGAGAAUGAGUGUUGGGGAGGAGAUGUGUAACUUUGGCACUUUCCGCCCAGCAACGCUCACCGUCACCAACUUCUUUAAACAGGAGGGGGAUAGACUGAGUGAUGAGGACCUCUACAAGUUUUUGGCAGACAUGCGCCGGCCGUCCUCUGUUCUGCGAAGACUGAGACCUGUCACUGCUCAGUUGAAAAUUGACAUCUCUCCAGCACCGGACUCACCACAUUACUGCCUCUCACCAGAACUCCUUCACGUGAUACCUUAUCCGGACCUGCGCGUCCGGCCCACCAAAGAGGUGCUGGAGUUCCCUGCUCGUAAUGUGUACACGCCGCACACCACAUACAGGAACUUGCUCUAUGUGUACCCGCAAAGUCUGAACUUCAGCAGCCGCCAGGGCUCAGUCAGGAACAUUGCUGUGAAAGUUCAGUUUAUGGCAGGAGAAGAUCCCAGCCAAGCUUUACCGGUCAUCUUCGGAAAGUCAAGUUGUGCCGAGUUCAUGAAAGAGGCAUACACUCCCAUCAUCUAUCAUAACAAGUCCCCUGAGUUCUAUGAGGAGACGAAGAUGAAGAUUCCUGCCAAUCUGACAGACAACCAUCAUCUGCUGUUCACCUUCUACCACAUCAGCUGCCAACCCAAGCAGAACACUCCUCUGGAGACCCCCGUGGGCUACACUUGGAUACCUUUGAUGCAGCACGGCCGACUGCGCACCGGCUCCUUCAGUCUUCCUGUGUCUGUGGAAAAGCCUCCACCCAGCUACUCGGUGCUCACCCCCGAUGUUCAGCUUCCAGGCAUGAAGUGGGUGGAUAAUCACAAAGGAGUUUUCAAUGUCGAGGUGACAGCAACCUCCUCUGUUCACACUCAGGACGCACACCUGGAUAAGUUCUUCACUCUGGUGUAUGUUCUCGAGGAGUACUCCUUCCCGUUCCGACUGAAGGAUGUGAUUAUUACCGAAGCAAACAUGGAAGGCGAGCUGAAGGCCAGCAUCUCAGCGCUGAGAGGGUCUCAGCUGGAUACUUGUGUCAGAUUUUUGCAUCAGCUUUUCAACAAACUCAUUCAGCUAAUCGUGUACCCGCCAGUCAUUGCAGGCCAAAUUGUGAACCUCGGCCGGGCUGCUUUUGAAGCUAUGGCGCUGUUGGUUAACCAGAUCCACAAAAACCUGGAGGGAAACCAAGAUCAGCACGGUCGCAACAACCUGCUGGCAUCUUAUGUCCAUUACGUUUUCCGCCUGCCCACCGCUGAACCCGUCAUGCCUCCAGCAGGCACCCAUCCCUAUGAGAUGCCGGUGCAGUAUGCUACCUUAUCCAGGGCGACAGGCCGCCCGAGCAGCCUGCAUCUGUCCCGUUCAAAGAGCAUCAGCAACUCCAACCCCGACCUGGCCACCACGCCGAUUUCCCCGGAUGAGGAAGUCCAAAGGAUCAUAGGAAGCAAGGGCAUUGACCGCUCCCACUCCUGGGUAAACUCUGCUUAUGCCCCUGGGGGCUCCAGAUCUGUGCUACGCCGGAACCCCAACUCCAGCUGCGAGCUCAAGCAGGCAAGCGACCACAGCUGCAAUCGCAUGUCUGCCUUUCUGGACAGUGUGGCCUUGUUAACUGUUCCCACCAGACCGAUUACGAAGAAGUUGCUCCACGAGGAGCUGGCGCUGCAGUGGGUGGUCAGCACCAGCGCAGUGAGGGAAGCAACGCUGCAGCAGGCUUGGUUCUUCUUCCAAUUGAUGACCAAGAGCAUGGCUCAUCACUUAUUCCUGACUUCUAAAUUGGAUUCUCCCAGGCGACAGCGCUACCCAGACCGCUUCGUUGACGACAUUGCAGCACUCGUGUGUGCCAUCAGUGCAGACAUUGCAAGCAGACAUCACAAGGAUGUGGAGGUUGUGGAGAGGCUGAACAACAGUCUGGCCUUCUUCCUUAAUGAUCUGCUGUCUCUGGUGGACCGGGGUUUUGUCUUCAACCUCAUUCGCUCCUAUUACAAACAGAUCGCUAACAAGCUCCACACGACGCAGAAUCCCAGCUCUCUGAAUGCCUUGAGGAUGGACUUUAUGCGUAUUGUCUGCAGCCAUGAGCAUUAUGUCAUCCUCAACUUGCCCUGCUCAACUCUGAGCCCUCCAGCGUCCCCCUCCCCUUCUACCUCAUCCACCACUUCACAGAGCUCAGCAUUUUCAAGCAUGGUUCAAGACCAGUGUGUGGCCACCAUGUUUGAGCUGUCGGUCCCUUUCCGCCAGCAGCACUUCCUGUCUGGCCUGCUGCUCACUGAACUCGCUCUCAUUCUUGAUCCUGAUGGUGAAGGGGUUUUCUUCCUUCAUAAAAAGGCCAUCAGUGCCAUUCACUCGCUGCUGUGCAGCCAUGAUGCGGACCCUCGUUACCAGGACCCUCAGGUUAGGGCGCAUGUCGCUCAGCUCUACCUGCCCCUGCUACCCAUUGUCAUGGAGUCGCUGCAUCAGCUCCAUGAUUUCUGUGAUUCCUUGCUUUCUCGCGCUCGCCUUUCCUCUGCCUACUUUGAAGACACUGACCCAGACAGUGGCAACAUUAUCAGCCAGUCUGUUGCCAUGGCGAUCGCUGGCUCCCCUUUACCGCAUGCCAAAGCUAACCCAUUUGCUCUCCCCUCUGUGGCCGGGCGCCAGAGCAGCUCUCUGUCUGCCGAGUGCAGCCGGACUCUGCUGGUGUGCUUCCUGUGGGUGCUGAAGAACGCAGACGCAUCUCUCCUGGAGCGCUGGGUGUCGGACUUAUCUGUCUUGCAGAUCAACCGCUUAUUGGAUCUACUUCAUCUGUGUGUGUCCUGUUUUGAAUACAAGGGGAGGAAAACACUUGAAAGAAUAAACAGCCUGACAUUUAAAAAGUCUCAGGACAUGAAAGCCCGACUGGAGGAAGCCAUUCUGGGAACUAUAGGGGCUCGUCAAGAGAUGGUCCGCCGCUGCAGAGGUGAGGAGCGUGAGAACAUGAUGGUUCAUGAUUUGUCUACAACUGUUAAAAUCUCACAUAUUCACUUUUUUUUUGUUACGUUAACAGAAAGGAGUCCUUAUGGUAGCCAGGAAAAUGUCAGGUGGAAAAAGAAUGUCACUCACUGGAGACAAAAUACAGACAGAGUCGACAAGAGUAAGGCUGAGAUGGAGCAGGAAUCUGUGGUGGAUGGAAACUUAGCUACUGAGGUGUCCCUCAUAGUACUUGACACACUGGAAAUUAUAGUAAAGACUGUGGUUGCCUCUGAACUGAAGGAGAGUGUUCUCGGUGGAGUCCUGAGAGUGAUUCUUCACAGCAUGGCAGGCAACCAGAGCGCCCUCUUUCUGCAGCAUUGCUUUACUACACAGAGAGCACUGGUUUUCAAGUUUCCAGAGAUGCUAUUUGAAGAGGACACUGAGCUUUGCGCAGACCUUUGUUUGCGUCUCCUCCGUCACUGCAGCAGCAGCGUCGGCUCCGUCAGGAGCCAGGCCUCCGCCUCUCUUUAUCUCCUCAUGAGGCAGAACUUUGAGAUCGGAAAUAACUUUGCGCGAGUAAAGAUGCAGGUCACCAUGUCUCUGUCCUCUUUGGUGGGAACGUCACAGAACUUCAACGAAGAGCAUCUUCGUCGGUCACUAAAGACGAUUUUGACAUAUGCUGAGGAGGACCUAGAGCUGCGUGAAACGCCUUUCCCAGAGCAGGUUCAGGAUCUGGUGUUCAACCUGCACAUGAUUCUUACCGACACUGUGAAAAUGAAAGAGCAUCAGGAGGAUCCUGAAAUGCUCAUUGACCUGAUGUACAGGAUCGCCAAAGGCUACCAGAACUCGCCUGACCUGCGCCUCACGUGGCUGCAGAACAUGGCCGGAAAACACUCUGAGAGAGGGAACCACGCCGAGGCGGCCCACUGCCUCGUUCACAGCGCAGCGCUGGUGGCAGAGUACCUCAACAUGCUGGAGGACUGCCGCUACCUGCCCAUCGGUUGUGUAACAUUUCAGAAUAUCUCAUCCAACGUGUUAGAGGAGUCGGCAGUUUCAGAUGACGUUCUGUCCCCUGAGGAGGAAGGCAUUUGUGCUGGGAAGUAUUUCAGUGAGGUCGGCCUGGUGGGCCUCCUGGAGCAAGCAGCUGCCUCUUUUAACAUGGCUGCCAUGUAUGAAGCUAUAAACGAAGUGUACAAGAUUCUGUUGCCCAUCCACGAAGCCAACAGAGACUUCAAAAAGCUGGCGACUGUCCACGGGAAGCUGCAGGAGGCCUUCAACAAAGUCUACAACCAAAGUUCAGGAUGGGAGAGAAUGUUUGGGACCUAUUUCCGAGUUGGUUUCUAUGGCUGCCACUUUGGAGAUUUGGAUGAGCAGGAGUUUGUCUACAAGGAACCUUCAAUCACCAAAUUAGCUGAAAUCUCCCACAGGCUUGAGGAGUUCUACUCAGAAAGGUUUGAGGAUGACGUGGUUGAAAUUAUCAAGGACUCUAGUCCAGUCGACAAAAGUAAACUGGAUCCCAACAAGGCCUACCUCCAGAUCACCUACGUCGAGCCUUACUUUGACACAUACGAGUUGAAAGAAAGAAUCACCUAUUUUGACAAGAACUACAACCUGCGAACCUUCAUGUACUGCACUCCCUUCACUCUGGACGGCCGGGCACACGGCGACCUGCAUGAGCAGUACAAACGCAAAACGAUCCUGACAACGUCUCAUGCCUUCCCUUACAUAAAGACACGCGUCAACGUCAUCCACAAGGAGGAGAUUAUCCUUGUUCCAAUGGAGGUGGCGAUUGAAGACAUGCAGAAGAAGACGCAGGAGCUCGCCUUUGCCACGAAUCAAGACCCGGCGGACCCUAAGAUGCUUCAAAUGGUGCUGCAGGGGUGUGUGGGAACCACUGUCAACCAGGGUCCCCUUGAGGUGGCGCAGGUCUUUCUCUCCGACAUUCCAGAGGACCCAAAGCUGUUUCGCCAUCACAACAAACUGCGGCUUUGCUUUAAAGACUUCACCAAGAGGUGUGAGGACGCCCUGAGGAAGAAUAAGAGCCUGAUUGGGCCAGACCAGAGAGAGUACCACCGAGAGCUGGAGAGGAACUACCACAAACUAAAAGAAGCUCUGGGUCCUCUCAUCACCCGCAAAAUCCCCCAGCUGUACAGACCCCUGCCCGUGCAGACUGUGCAAACACAACGGAAUUCCUAUGGCAGAUCGAGUUUUCGCAAAAUUGAGGCGUAGAAAACUGGACAGCAACUCAAAGCAACAAGCUGUAGAAACUAGCACCAUCCCCUCCCAUCUGUCCUUUCCCCCCCCCAUCCUAUUGUGCACCAACUGUCACCAUCACACUCUCACACACACACACACACACCCCAUCAUUCCUCAUCUUGGUCGUUAUUUUAUCCCCAUCCAAAUGCUCAUUCCUUAACCCUCUUUUCCCAGCAUAACCACUACUGCUACCAUACACACACUGAUAGAUGUUACCUCUUUUUUUCUUUCUGAACCAUACCCCCGUCCACCAUCACUACAGGCUCACACCACUGUAGGAAAAAAUCUCAUCUGUUUAUACUUGAAGCUUAUCUGCUUAGUAAACAUUGUCAUUUGGUGUGAGGUUCUUUAAGAGGUCUGCUUUUAAAGAAAGUUGUCUAAAGUAAUCUCCCAAACCCAAAGUAAUCUGUCUGAGCUGAUCUGGCUCUAGUGGUUUUACCAAACAUUACGUUUCUGAGUUGCUUAAGGUUUAUCGGUUUUGCUUUAGAGAGACUGUCGGUGGCCUGUUUUUUGUCAGGCUUUUUUAAAAAAUUUGUUAGGUUAUUCUAAACCAACUCUGUUGGUAGUCACUGCCAAAGUUUUAAACAAAAAAAAAGUCACCUCACUGUGAGUUUUCUUUUGUUGUAUGUGGACCAAAUUACAUUCCUUAGUCCUCAAGUUGUCACUUAUAUUAGCUCAUCUCUUUCUAAGAAUUUAAUAUAGAGACUUGCUGGGCACGUUCCAUGCAAGCUCACGUCUCACUUGUAAAAAAAAAA